CAUUGUGAAAACUUGCCAAAACAGGUUCCUGGAAUUACAGCAUUCAGAAAUCUUCCUGCUAAACUUAAUGAGGAUUGCCUCUAGCUUUUAGUGGUUAUGGCAGUUUCUUUGACCUAUAACUCUUAGAAAUCAAGUAAAGAGAAAAAAUAUGAUUAGACAAGCUGUUAAUAAAUCAGUAAAUAAUAACCAACAGGGUUCUGAGAUGCUGUCACAUUCCUAAAGAUGCAAAAACGCAUCUUGUCGCGUUAAUUCUCCACAACAAAGGAACUCCUCCAACUAUUCCAUGUGGGGAAAGCACCUUUGCCUGACACCUACAGAGUUGGUGGUUUGAAUUCCAGCAUGUUUUACCUGUACUUCUGCGGUUCCUCUCGGUUUCUUCCCCUAGUCCAAAAACAUACACUGUAUACUGAUUGGCUACUCUAAAUUGAUCAUAGUAUGUGAAUGGCUGUGUGUGUGUGAUCGUGUUCUGCAGUGGGUUGGCACCCAACCCAGGGUGUCCCCUGCCUUGUGUACCCAAGUCCUCCAGGAUAGGCUACAGUCUCCCUGUGACCCAGUGUAGGAUAAGCAAUAGAGAAAAUGUUUGGUUGGAAGUCAUUCAGUCAGCAGAAAGCCACAAGAUGUAAGGAAGAAUAUUCCAGAGGUUUUCAAUGAGUGAGGUCUGUAAUCCCAGAUUACUGUCUGCUCCUCAUCCAUGGGAUUAGUGAAGACACCAGGGUGUAAACACACACGCACACACACAUUCUCGUCGCUCUUCACUAUCCAAUUGUCAUUUUAAGCUGAACAGAAGUUAAUGAAUAUAUAUUAAAAAUCUUUUUUUUCCCACAACACCUACAAAAAGUCGGAUAAGUGUCACUGACAGGUUGCAAUCUCUUGGAUUUGGAGUCAUGGCACUGCUGAAAGCGGGCUGGAUCUGGCGGCAGUCGUCCGUCCUCAGGCGCUGGAAGCUGAACUGGUGUGACCUCUGGAUAGACGGAAGUCUGUUGUUUUAUAAGACAGAUUCGAGGAAGGACUAUGAGACCAGAGUGAGUCUGAAGAGUACAUGUGUGAACGUGAAAUCUGGCCUGGAGUGUGCAGGCGUGUCUCCACCAGAGAGCCACCCAAGGGAGAAUCUAUUGGUGUUGUUCCUGAAGGACGGCUCCACUGUGUUCCUGUGUGCUAACAGUGAGGAUGAGGCUCUGGCUUGGAAGCUGACAAUCGUGGAAGCAAAGCAAAGUCCUUUCUAUAGUUAUGAUCCCUAUAAUGACACAUACCAGUCUGUUCCUGUUAACGGACACAACGCCAUGUACAUCACACCAGGCAACGGCAGUGGAGGUACACAUCAUGUCUGGGUGCACAGGGAGCGCUGUGAUGACUGGAUUGGAGAGCAGAUAGCACUGGGUUUGCUGGCUGGCAUGGCAGUGGGCACAGUGCUGCGCUCAUUCCUCUGGAUCCCUCUCUGGUACUGCUGAUACAGUAGCAGGCUUCAAGGUGAUCCUCACCUGAAGCCAGUAAGUUGAGAGGAAGUAGAGAAAGCCCAGGCUCUUAAAGACAGCUUCUGUAGGCUACCAUAAGCUAGGCAAAAAGGUAUUGUAUGGCUGUGUAAAUAUGUAAAUAAGUGAAGAAGUGUCAUAUAGAAGAGCAGGAUGAUGGAGAAGACCAAAGUGGUGUAUCUAUUUUUUUCUAUUAUCCAUAUGUCGGUUGCUAUUUUGACAGCAGGGUUGGAAUAUCUUACAUAUCUGGCCUAGGAACUACACUGAGCUCUAAUGUAAAACCUUUAAUUAGUUAUAUCAGAAUUCACCACUAGGGGGCAGACACACUGCAGCAAUGCAAAUAAAUGGACUUGUUGCCUAAACUUGUUUUCUGCUUUAUCUUCACUCGGGUUAAAGCUUGUAUAUCACAUAUUACUCUCAAAAUACUGUAAAUGUAGCAUUUGUAUAGUGUAUUUGGGCUUUCAAAUACCAGCAAAAUCUGUUUUCAAAUUUCAAUGGCUAAAAAUAUUCACCCUUCAUGUAUAAGUAAGGAAUAAAUCACAGGAUUUGAGAUAAUUUGGUGUCGAAAUCCAAAUAGUUUACACAAAGGACACCUUUCAGAUAUUGGGGAGUUAUUAUGUUUGUCACAUUUAUUAGUUAUUUUACCAGUUAUACAGUUUAAGCAGUCAUGCUGUAAUGAAUGAAGUGAACGAGUCGGCUCUUUGAACUGGUUCUUUUUUUAGGUGACCAGUGAGAGCCGAAUCGCUUUGAGACGUUCUUUUGAGUCUUUCUGUGCAAUUUAAUCCAAACAUUUGAAUGAAAUUUGUCAUAAAUGCAUUGGCAGGUUAAAAAAAAAGAAAAUAAAAUGACGAUAGGCAGUACUAUCUGUUGUAGAUUAUAGGAAUCUAAAAAGUCGGUUCUUCCUAGCUAGCUGAGUCAAAUGAUUCACUGAAAAGAGUCAAAAGUUCCCAUCACUAAUAUACGGGGUCGUUUACUUAAACGAAGCAACAGUGCUUUCGGGAACACGUGUCUUUGAAACCGUGUAAGGCCCACAAUAGUAAAAUAUUUAGGAUUUAUAACUGGGAGUCAAAUUUGAUGAAUGAACCGAGCAAAAUGAUCCGACUCCGCCAAAAUUUUCAUUACUCAGCAUAAACAACAUUGACGUCAAAUCAUUGAUAUAAAUUCCAGUAAAUACAAAAUCAAAGAAUGCGACAUGACAAACACAUUUAAAUAAAUCUAAUAUUAAUCUUGAUUUUUUUUUGUAUUAUAUUCAUCUUUAUAUUAUUCUUUAUAAUAACCUUUUGUUCUAUGUUUAUGUUCUGUAAAGCUGCUUUGAGUCAAUGUCAAUUGUAAAAAGUGCUAUACAAAUAAAUUUUAAUUGAAUUGACAAUGUUCUAACAUUUAAAAAAAAUACGUGUUUAAAAAUGAAUGACGUGCAGAAUUGAGAGUUAUCAUCUGAGCUUUACGUGCUAAAGCAGACUGCAUCAAGUAUUCAUGUCUCUGAGCGUCGCAUAAGGAGCCGAUUCAUUAUUAAAGCCCAGUUCUAAAGACUCCGCUCCUCUGUGACAGUACGUUUCCACUGGAAGACGUUUCGGAGGAAAGGUUAAACAUUUGUACCCAGAUAUUGGAGGUGGUACAGAAUCUGGAAAUAGUGCGACUUUUUGAGCAAGACCUCACUCUAGUCUUCUGUGCUGUAACGUGUAUUG